AACACAACCAAAACUUGUAUAAAUUUUACAAGUGUAUGUGUAAGAAAAAAUAAAAAAAAAAAAUCCUCCGUCAAGCCGGAGUAUACACACAGAAAAAUAGCGAGUCAUUUACUAUAUUAUUAACUUAAUUUUAUCACCAUUGUUAUUAAUAUAAUAAAUUAAUAAAAAUGUCAGCACGAUAUGACAGAGCAAUAACAGUAUUUUCACCUGAUGGUCAUCUUCUUCAGGUUGAAUAUGCCCAAGAAGCUGUAAGAAAAGGAUCAACAGCGGUUGGAGUACGUGGUAAUGAUGUAGUUGUUCUUGGUGUUGAAAAAAAAUCAGUUGCUAAACUUCAAGAAGAACGUACUGUUCGUAAAAUUUGUCUUCUUGAUGAUCAUGUUGUUAUGGCUUUUGCUGGACUCACUGCUGAUGCUAGAGUAUUGAUUAAUCGUGCCCAGAUUGAAUGUCAAAGUCACAAAUUAACUGUUGAAGAUCCAGUUACAUUGGAAUACAUCACUCGUUACAUUGCCAGUUUGAAGCAAAAAUAUACCCAGAGCAAUGGUAGAAGACCAUUUGGUAUAUCAUGUUUAUUGGCUGGUUUUGAUUAUGAUGGAAGUCCUCAUUUGUAUCAAACUGAACCAUCUGGUAUUUAUCACGAAUGGAAGGCCAAUGCAACUGGUCGUGCAGCAAAAACAGUUAAAGAAUUUUUGGAAAAAUACUACACACCAGAAGAAGUUGCAACUGAACAUGGUUCAAUAAAACUUGCAAUUAGAGCACUUCUUGAAGUUGUAACAUCAGGACAAAAAAAUCUUGAAAUAGCAAUAAUGCGUCGUGGUGAAGCUGUUAAAAUGCUUGACAUUGAUACAAUAGGUGAAUAUGUCAUUGAAAUUGAAAAAGAAAAAGAAGCUGAAGCAGAAAAGAAGAAACAGAAAAAAUAAUCAUAUUUUUUUUUUUUUAAAUCAAAUAAAUUGAUACUGUGUUUAUUUUAUACAUUUCUCAUUGAUUAAAUAAUAAUGUACUCUUGAGAUUUGUGA